AUUUCUUUGAAGUUGAUUCUGUGAAAAACAAUUUGAAAAAAGACAACGAACGAUUGCAUUUGAGAUUUUACUUAAUGGCUAGCAACACUUCCAACAUAUUGCUUUCAAAUAAUACAUUUUGUGAUGGUCAUUGUUAUGAAAUCGUUCUUCGUGAUUUUAAGUCGUCAAUUGUGACAAAAUAUCCUCAGUUUUAUGCAGAAAAUAAGACGUCUCUUAACAUGUUAUCGACUUUUGAUCCAAUGCCAGUUGAAAUAAUUCAAAAGAAUGAUGGAGAGUUGAUUGUAAAUGUACCAGGUUAUGCAGAACCUCUUGUGAAAUAUUUGGAUCCAAAACCUGUGAUAUCAAGUUUUUUAGCUUUGGUUCUGGUUCUAAAACCCCAGCAAAGUGGUUCUACAACUGCGAAUUCAAUGAAAAUUCCAACAAAGAGGCCCAAAAGAUGUGUGACUGUGGAGUUAAAAAUGUCAGCAGUAUUAAUUCAGGAGGAGCUGCAGAAAUAAAACAAGAAGAUUGUCUUAACAAACAAAUGAACUUCAAAGAAAAAAACAAUGAAGAUCAACUAUUAUUAUUGGCGUCAAAGUUGUCAGCCAUAGAUUCCCGUAUUACAAACUUGACAGAUUCUUUUUUGUCUGAUUGUGUUGAAACAGAAACAAACUCCAAAGAAAAAAACAAUGAAGAACAAUUAUUAACUUCAAAGUUAUCGUCCACAGAUCCUAGCAUGAUCAAGUUGAUGGAUUCUUUUUUGUCUAGAACUAUACCCUUAAACAGACAUAAUUCAUUUUGUAAUGCCUUAGUUCCAACACUGAACAAUUUUGAUGACGAUCAAGUGAUAGAGUUUCAACAGGGAGUUAUUGAGCAGAUGAAAAAAAUCAAAAACAGAAACACUCCAACAACAACAAUAGAACCGAUACCUGAAAUAGAUGUACUGAGAGGAAAUUGAAGUAUCUUCGCAUCAUGGUCAUAGAUCCUGAAAUAGAUGGUAUUUGAAGGAAAAACUUCUCCGGUCAUUUUAAUUUUCUUUUUCUCCGAAAUUUGUAAAGCUUUAUUAUUUUUAAUUUUUUUUUUUGUGUAUGAUUCUAUCAAUUCUAGUAAAUUAAUUAAAUAAAUAUGCUUUGUUAAGAAU